AUGUCGCAACUCAAACUGGGCGUUUGUUUCGAACGAAAGCGUCUCCGAGGAGCGAUUACAAUUCAGAAAAUCUGGCGAAUUCACGCUGCGAGAAAGCGUUUGGAAAGUGUCCGAAGCGCCGCGACUAAACAAUGGGAAGAACUGCGAGACAUGCUCCUUGGACAAGAACUUAUGGAUGAGAUUCUCAGGGAGGAAGAAGAAUUCGCCAACGCAACUGAGCAUCACUCGCAUAAAGCACAUAAAUCCGCAAACAUCUAUCGGAAACAACUCAAAGAAGCCCGAUCCGCAUUAAAUACUUGGCGAGAGGAUCAACUCAAAAUAAUAAACGCUACAACGAGUGGAGCAGAGAGGAAGUCUGCAUUGUACUGCAUGUUGGAUACAGAAGCAAAGAUGCUGGUAGCAGUUGACAAAAUCAGAGUAAAGGAGAUUGAGGACCGGAGACGAGAAGCCAUGCAAAGAUUUUUAAAACUUAGUGCAACCCAGGUACAAUGGAUCAGCAAAACAACGGGUCGAUCCAUGAUCGCUGAGGACGUAGCGUUUACGGAAGCUCGGAAGUGCUGGUCAAUUUUCAACGCGGUCGCCGAUGACGAUUCGUCGUUGAAAUCAGCACAUUCAGCGAUGAUCACUUUGAAAGAGAUGGUGGAAAGCUGUCCAAUUAAUAGCGAGUUGACCGAAAGCUUGCUUCAGGUGUUGAAUCACAACAUCCAAGCCAUUGAACGCCGCGUGCCAUUGCGCAAAUUGAGGAAUUCGAGGCUCGCUGUGAUCUUCCAAGCUGGAUUGCGAGCCGCGACUGCUAUCCGCGUGAUUUCCUCCGUGGAAGAUGUGAUUCAAAGUCUCCACUGGAUGCCAAAAUUUCAUUUUCAUUCGUUCAGUAUGUAUUUCAUGGUUGAGUCGGACAAGUAUGCUGAGUCGCGAAAUCCUGAGAGCGUAUUAGCUUCUUUAUUUUUCUUGAAAAGUAUGGGGUCAACUUCUGAUGAUGAUGACGAGAUAUCAGGCGAUGCGGAGAAUUUAAGUGAACGUGCAUCUGCGCUCGGUUUCCGGCCACAGCAUGAAAGAAGAAUUAAUGACCAUCUUCCUUACGCCGAGAAGUUGGACGCGGAGUCGAAUGAACUCCUGAUACUAUUGAAAGCGAACCUUUCGAAAGCAAUUUUAUUGCGAGAAAUACGUCCAGGCUUUGUUUCCUUUUGCUCGAGGCUUCAACGGUACGUCAAAUUGUUCGGUUGGAAGUUCUCGAAGGAAGAUCAUGUUGCCUUCGUGAAACUUCUUUAUGACAUACUGUGUAUUCCCGAUUUGGACUUCUUCUCUGUCAUCAAAGUUGCUCAAACGUUGAGUCUACUGCUGAAGAAACGAGAGCUUCUCUCUCGAGAUGAUUUGGAGCUUCCCUGGUGGCCCCUGUACAGAUUAUUGGAAGCGAAUUCGAAUGAUCGCCUCCAAAAAGAUAAAGUUAUCACACGACCGAGAAACUUGAAAGCUGUUCUAAAAACACUAAUUCGUCGAUGUAGUCCAUAUUUUCCUCGGGAAGCAACAGAGGAAAUGUUGAUGGAGUGGCGUCCUUUUCUUUGCCCUUUUGAUUCGGCAAUGCACAAAGGAAUUGAAUACUUGUCAGUGUUUCUGAAUGUUUUGAUGCCUCCGGAGCUACAUGGCCAAGGUUUCAGGUUGUGGCUUGAUGAAGUUCUUGGUUUCACUCUUGCGUGCAGUAACCGGAUCACUUAUGAAAACGAUAUUCUUACUUUGCUGGGUCGCUUGGCGGAACAUAAUGUUGGCUAUAUUGAUUGGGAACCACAUUAUGCAACUUUCUUUUCCAAGCUGCUUCACCGUUUUGGACUACCUAUCUCUUACCAAGGCCUGAGAGAAUCUUUGAAGUCUUCGCUUGAUUUGACAUCUGUAGUCAAAAUAAUCGUUUCAUGCUUGGGUGGUCCGAAGUCAUGCCAGCCGCAAUUGAACAUUUUGUUUGAUGCUUUGGAUUCAUACUACAAUCCGGUCAACUCAGGGCGUUGGGUUCAUCAGCUUCAAGAAUUUCUGUACACAUUGGUGGAUGGUUUCAUCGUCCGACUGAAUAGGGAACGGUAUCGAAAGAAAACUUGGGAUUGGACUUAUCCUGAGGAAUACCGAAUAAGCGACGGUGAUAUCGAGCGUUUUGUUCGAUGUGUACUUCCGGCUGCGUUGUUGAGCACUGGGUCACCGUCGGGCUUGAAAUCGGCAUCGUACGUUCUUCAGAUGCUUUCUCAAGCCAGGCCCGACAUCGUCAUUCCUCGCAUUCUAGAGAGAACAUAUGAAGCGUUGGAAACCGUGACAGAGCCGCAUCGACUAACCGCGAUGUUUCAAUGCUUGGCUGCAGUAAGCAGACCAAUGAUAUCUGGACGAUUUUACGGCACGAAGGGUGAGCCGUGUUUCGAAGAAGGUCCUGAGCAUGUCCUUCCGAUCCUGCUCAGAUGUCUUCCUGGAAUCGACCCGAAUGAUAUUCGUAAGACUAUGGCAACCAUGGAAUUGAUGCAUGCUUUUAGUGAGCAAGUCUUGUUCGUUGAUUGCUCAUCCGCCUCGGAUUAUCACCAAGACUUGACCGAGAGUGAAAUUCGGCUGUGUGAGACAACUGCGUCUUGCGAAGACUUCGUGCUGCAAGUUCUGGAUCGCUGUUUCAAUUUUAUUGACAGCAGUUCGUCCCAUUCAGGUUCGAAUACUCAACGCGUCGACUUGGGUAUGCAGCUGGGAAAUAUGUCGUUCGAAGAACGAGUUGCGUCUCGAACAAUCGGCAUGAUUUGCCAUACCAUAUUUCAGCAAUGUUCUCCUUCCAUUUUAGAGAGCGUUCUCGAGAAAUUGCAGUCCCAUAUCAUUGGGCGUACGAUGGAAACGACUGUCUCCGGAAAAUACGCCGCUGGCAUGGUCAAAGCUGCUGUAAAGGUCUGUCCGGAGAAAACGCUGAAAGCGUUUGUGCCACCGCUGUUGAAAAUCAUCAAAUCCAUAAUUGACAGCCAGGAUUAUAUUUCCGACGAAAACGGCGAUUCGGAACUUCUUUUCAAUUUGCUGCUUUUGAGUCAAGUUCGUAAUCUUUGUUUUGUUCAUGUUGUACGUGAGUUGUUCAUGUUGUACGUUGUUCACGUACCGACAUCAGAAUCCAUUGUUCCGUAUGUAGAUGACAUCUCGGGUAUUGCCGAAAAAUGCCUUAAAAUGAAGUCUAGGGAAGGCUACAGUGUGGCUGCGAAUAUUAUUGGCAGUAUUAUUCACUCUCUCAUCCGGAUCAAACCCCUGGAGUCUCGUUCAGUAUCAUUCCCUUUGAGUGAUCCAGUUUCGAAACGCUUAUACAUUCGUGACUGGGGAAAAGGCGGAGAAGUCAAGAAGUUGGAAGCCACGUGGAACAUACCCACAGAGAAGCACGCGGAUAUUGCGGAAAAAUUGUUGGAGAGAACUUUGGUACCGAUUUUUGAAGAACUGACGAAAUUUGCGAGAAGAGAAAUUUCCAUUGAACGGGAAGAACUUGAAAAGUUAUUGGACAUCAUCGACGAAAUUUUGCUCAUGUGCAUCGUUGGUCUGCCGUCAUGGACGGAUGAAGAACCAAUUAUCACCACGGAGUCCGUUGUUGAUAUUUUGGUUUUGCCAACAAUAUCAUAUCCGGAUGGCUAUAAAUUUCUGUCGUUCGGGGGGCGGAAUAUCAGAUCAUGUAUCGCCGAAGUAAUGCAUGAGCUUGUCGAGCGUUUGAUUGGGUCUCCCGAGGAAGAACCGAGGACAUUGUGUGGGAUCAGCGGAAUUCUUUCAUUGAUGGCAAUGGACUUCGGUAUCCGGAAGAGCUCUCAGAAAAGUCGUUCCCGACAAGCAUGGAACGUGGUGAAACAAGCGCAGGGAGACAGACUCGGCAGAGGACCCCGGAAUUUGCGUUCGGUUUUGAUUACUCAGCUACAUAAUGUUCAGGAGGAACGUUGUUUCUCGCGUGCUCCGUGGCCGCUGACUGCGAGGCAUCGUUUGAUCUAUCACGACUUCCUAAAGAUGGCCACUUCUCGCUACGAUGACGUUAGAAUAGAUAGCCAACAGCACUUACUGGAUCUUCUUCGGUUUUAUCCCUCGACGUACAAGUUUUUUAUUGACGAAUUUUUGGAAAAAAUGACGGUAGAUCCGGUGGAGAAUCACGAGCUUUUCAAGAUUCCUGAUUCAGUGUUGAAGUCCGCUGAGAUGCUUUGGAAUCAAGAAAUCCCUGGUUUUAAAAAGUGCCGGGAUGUCACUCCGUAUCCUACUGUUGCUGAUAUUGCCGCCGGAAAAGUUGCUCUGGAGAAAAAGUCGGAAAGCAAUAAAGAGUGCUAUUUGAAUCUAGUCUCGACAAUUGGCGACCUGCUGCUUCAUAUGGGCGAUGAUGGACUCCUGUGGAAGAGGAAAACAAUGGGCAUGGUGAUGCUUUCCGCAUUAAUGCGCAGCGACAUCGAACUGCCUGUGAUUGCCGUGAAGGCAGUUCUUCGUCAGUUACCGAACGAUCACCUGUUCAUCAGAAAACAUGCCAUCUACAUGACUUGCUGCAUUAUGCGACAGCAAAAGCGGCCUCAUCUCGUUGUAAGUCUGGAUCCUGUUAGUCUUGAAGUUAAAUCUUCUCCUCGGGCGAAAGUCCCUUUCGGGAUUCAACGUCCUCCCACAACAUCUCCUUCCGGACUCAAACCACCGAAUUCAGGGGAUAGACCAGACAAUUUUUGGAUCCAGUAUGACGAGUCUCAUUGGACAACAAAUGAGGAGAAAUAUUCGGAUGUUCGGUUUGUACACAAAACUUACUUGGGAUGGUAUUGCUGGCCUGCUGUACUCGAUGUUCAUGCGGGGAAUGAAAAUCAACCGAAGUUGAACCGAGAUCCGAGUGAAAUGAAAGAGGUGGAAAGACUGGUUUUCGAAAUGUUCACGGACGAGAAACUGAUGAUACAUUUGAUGGACCUCUUUUGUUUGGAAGAAAACAAGGGGCACGACAAAUUCGACCCCCGACAUUUCAGCUUAUUUAAGCACCUUCUGAGCAACUUCGGUAGCUGUAUGUCUCAAACUCUACGCCCGUAUUUGGAACGGUUAGUGGAAGACAGUAAGGAAAGUAAGCAGCGCGUGGGAGCUGAGCUUUUGGCAGCAUUCGUUCGUGGUUGCAAGCACUGGAAUUUCAAAGAUGUUGUUGAACUUCGGGAAUGGCUUGUGCCAUUGAUGGCACGUGGUCUUGCUGCUGUUACUCCAGAGACCAGUUCUGAUUGGAGCACUUGCUUCUCUCUGUGCACCCAGGAUAAGGACCCGAACCGAUAUUUCUGGGUGUUCGAGGCUCUUGCUGAAAAUCCGUUGAAGAAUGGUGGUGCUUUCGUUGACGGAAAUCGAAUUACUACGCUUCAGAGCGCGAUAUCGCAGCCGCAGUGGCGGAUUGCCAAGCUGGAUCAAAGGUUGAUGGAAUACUUUUAUCCUCAUCUGAGCCAUCCGUAUCAAAAUGUGCGCGAACGCGUGAGCGGCUUAUUCUCAUCCCUCUUGCUCAUGGACAUCCCACUGGAAGGUUACGUCAAUAACCUGAAUCCGACGAGAAGUCAGGUCAUUGGACGUGUUCUGAACGAUCUUCAACCGUUGCUUAGCAUUCGGACAACAAGUGAUGGAGCGGAGGAUGGUAUGAGCAGUUUGGAUAGAUUAUGCGAGCCGACUGAAGCCAUGGAAUGCGACGAAAGUGGCGAUGAUACCGUUGUUGUUCCGGAAGAUAAGGCUGGCGAAGCAAGCGAGGCCGUGAAGAAGGCCAAAAGGCUUCUGGAUGCCGUGGCCAAGAUGGUCAUAAUUUGCUUGAAAGGAUCCGUGGUUUCUUCGCCGAGAGGUUUCUUGGAGUUAAUCCCGUUGUUAGCGUUGAUGGAGGGACAAGAUCAAGAGUUGGACUUGAAACGCUCUUGUAAAGCGUGCUUGAGUUACCUUUCCAGAAGCUUGUACGCGGCUGACCUGGUACCGACGCUGUUGGAGCAGUUGAAGAAGACCUAUGAGUUCGAAUCGUGGAAGAUGCGGGUAUCUGCAAUGAGCUUCCUACAAGUGUUCUGCUUCCACAAUAUGUUUCUGAUUCGUCCGCAUCAAGAAUGGAUGUCGAAAGUUUGUCAUUUGGUCUAUAGUGGACUGAAAGAUGAGCGAAUAGAGGUUCGCCAGAAGGCUGGCGAGGUCCUGGGUGGGCUUCUUCACUGUAAAAUACUUCAGGAUCAUGCUCAAACUGAAUUGAGGAAUGAUUUGAUGAAGCGAGUUCGAGCCCUGGGGAAGCGAAGUUCGCGAAUGCAUGUGCCAUCCCAUGAGAAAAUGGAAUCGGCGGAUUCGCAGUUGGAGGAAAAACGAAGGUUGUUAGUGGAACGGCACUACGUGAUUCUUGGGCUGUGCGCGUUUGUGAAUGCUUACCCUUACGAGGUCCCAGACUUUAUGCCCGACUUUCUCAUGAUCCUUGGGGACCAUCUCAACGAUCCCGAACCAAUCCCGACAACAAUAAAAACGACGUUAAACAAUUUCAAGCGGACUCAUUUGGACAAUUGGCAGGAGCACAAGCUCAAGUUUUCUGAGGAUCAGCUCGGAGUGCUCACGGACUUGCUCGUUUCGCCGUCGUAUUAUGCUUAGGAUGUGGACUUGCUUUACUUUCUGAUCGCAAUUUUGAUGACGGAAGAAUCGACAUAAUUGUUUGCAGUUUGACUCCAGUUGAAGUCUCACCGUGAGAUCGCGACAAGAUGUUGUGUUUGUUGUCGGUGGUGCUUCGAAAUGUUACAUUGACAAUAGGGGGACAUUUUCCAGGUUUUGAGCGAAACUUUCGUUGAUCGAUACUUGUUUCUUUGAGGAUGAAUUGAUAAAACUGAAUAUAUUUCAGGAUACCAAGAA